CCUCUGGAUUCCUUCGAUCUCUUCUUCCCCAAAUGAUUUACUCGUUGAGGGACCCCUUCCCUGUACUGAUCUACACCACCCUUCUCAUCCUUCUCAUAAACUCCGAAAUCCAAGAAGCCAAAUCACUGGACCCGCAAUUCGAAGCUUGCAGUCCUUGGAACUGUGGUAAUGGACCGAAUAUAAGCUACCCGUUCUGGCCUCCACUCUUCACAAAACCCUACUGCGGCCGCUACGGCUACGAGGUAAACUGCGUUGGCCACAAACCAGGCCUCAUGAUUAACGACUCCCAGCACGAAUACCACAUCAGAGACAUCUUCUACGCUAAGAACUCACUUCGAGUGGUCAACGCCAAUGCAUUAAAGGAAGAUUGCCAUGUUCCCCUGCAUAAUCUUACCCUCGAUGGCACCCCUUACAGCCUCGACCACCACUCCGUCAAUCUCAUCUUCUUCUAUAAUUGCACAAGAUCGAUUUCUUCCCUGUAUUCUUUUCCGGUAACUUGUUCGACUAAGGAAACUGGGUAUCACUCGUUCGCCGUAUUCGAGCACCAUUUGAAUUUGCUGUACAAUAAAUAUUUUUUCAACCAGACAUGCAACUCUACAGUGAGUGCGCCCGUAGACAUGAAUGGUACGAGUUUUGUGGAUUCUUUACAAGGGAAGAAUUACUCGCAGUUGUUAAGGAGAGGCUUUCUGUUGAAUUGGAAUGAAAGUGAUAAUUGCACUGAAUGCAGAGCAAGCGGUGGCCACUGCGGAUUCCAGAACAAAGAGUUCUGGUGCUUUUGCCCCAAUGGACGCAGACGCCAAAACUGCCCUGCUGUUGCAGGUGAGUCCAUCAUUUCAGGAGUCUCAUCUGCGAUUUUCAAUUACUCUUUCCAUCAACUUUCUUUUUCUCAAUUUUCUUUCAAGGUUUUCUUUCUUUUGAUGAUCAAUGGAUAG